AUGGCUAAAGGAAGAUUCGAUAUAUCUGCAGGAGAAAAUGAUGUGGAACCGUCACAAGGGUUCACUUGGGUCCAUGACUCCACGAGCACCAGACGUGGAUGGAUGGAUCGACGAGCAAUGAUCAAAGUUGGUUUGAGGUUGUAUGGCUUGCCUGCCUUUGAGGUUGGUGAUCCUACAAGUAUGCUUAUAAACUCUAAUCGAAGGGCAAUCGGCAAACGGCAACCACACUCUAAUGUAUCUCGUGUGCAGUGUCAGAUCAAUUCUCGGAUGAUUCGAAUGUCCGAGGAGAAUCAGGCUCUUCAGAGACAACUUCUACAGAAACAAGCGAAAGAACUCGAGAUUUCGCAGGUUAAAUGGAAUGAUAGUUUGCAGUCCAAGGAACAAAUUGAAGCAAAACUACUUAGCAAAUACGAAGCAACUAUGAGACGAGGACGGGCCAUGGCUUAUUCGUUUUCUCAUCAGCAACCAUGGAAGAAAUCAUCGAGAACGACAAACUUACUCUUCAUGGACCCAACGAAUCCACAAUGGGGUUGGAGCUGGUUAGAGCGAUACAUGGCGGGCCGGCCAUGGGAGACCAGGAAAAAUCAAUCAUCAGUUAAAAACGGCAUCAACAUUACCGGACCCGAAAUCACGAAAUCGUACGCGCGUCGGCAACUCAACUCUACCCCUUCAACCCCAAAGUCAGCAGCGGGUGGUCCAGUAGCAUCGCAGAAGGUCAAACGCAGGUCAAACUCUAGAACAAUCUUCGGGCCAUUCCCUGAUGAUGAUAUGAGAAGUGUGUUUAGCGUGCGGUCUGAGAUGAACAGAAGGCAUAGCAUCGCGGCGUCCUCUGUGAGAGGUGACGAGAGUAUGGACAGUUCGCCGUCGGUUCCGAGUUUCCUAUUUUACCGCACUAUUGUGUGCAUAGUCAUUGCUAGAAUGGCUUUAUAGUAUGUAUUUCAGCAUCUGUGUUAAA